UGGACGACUCAAAUACGUUCCCUAUACGCAAGUGAUGCAUAACGGAGGAUGUAUAAAAGGCAUGAAGGCACCCAACUUCUCAGUCAGUCAAGAAGAAUCGGUGAUUGAGACGGCGUGCGUCUCCUCGCCUUCGCCUCCGAGCGCUCCACUCGGUAACUUAAGUCAAUAUAGGUACAUCAAGCCUAGAUGUGCUCCACUCGGGACUAAAGGAUCAUUCUGCAUCUCAUCCCAGACCGAGCCUUCGAAAUUCGGCUUACCCUUCCCUGAUUACUACCUGGUGGUUGAAGCGGGGUACAACCAAUUUUGCCCCUGUCAGCCUGGCCUCGUCUGCUACAGGGGCGAGUGCCACCCAGAAGAUGAAGUCACCACCCACAGCCGUUAGGAGAAAAGUUACGGAGUUACGACGUUUGAGAACGGAAGCGGCCAGGGCGUGGGUACAGCGAUGCCACUUUUCCUAAACUAUGCUACGUAACUUCUGUGAUAUGUAAAAGGCACUACAAGAAAGAUAAAUAAAUGAUAAAUAUAAUUUUGA